UGUAGUGUUGGAUGUCCGUAAAAAAAUGGCGGUUUAAAGACCAGAAUUAGGACAGCUAAARUAACCCAAAAAUCUCGCUCAAAACUUACAUAAAUUGUACUAGAAUUGUUAUGAUUCGAUCCUACAGAUAACAGAGCACAAUUCGAGGGGAUUUUGGACAAAAUGGCAGAGAUUAGAACGAAAUCAGAGGAAAGAGAGUAUCGUCGGAGAUUGAUAGCGGAUUGGAAUGCCAGUCGUUUGGAUAUCUUCGCCAUCAGUGAACCGACUGAGGAUCUGGAGUAUCGAGGUGUUAUGCGAUUUUUUUUCCAAGACUCCGGCUCGAAAGUCGCCACAAAAUGCGUUCGAUUCACGAACAGAGACAACACGCAAGAAGUGACUAAAGUUCUAGUCGAAAAGUUUCAUCCUGACAUGAAAAUGCUGUCAAAUCCGACUUACUCUUUAUAUGAAGUUCAUCCAAAUGGAGAUGCACGAAAACUGCGGAUGGAUGAGUACCCACUUCAAAUACAACUAGAGUGGCAACUUGGUGACCGAGAAGGACGCUUUCUUUUGAAAAGCGAUAGCGAUAAAAUAGUUCACUCCAACUUGUUUGAUGUGAAGUCAUCAGACAAGGCUGUUCCGCAGGAAGGGACAGCGGUGCAGAACCUUAAGCGAAGACUCUCAAAACGAGAGAAAAAACAGCUGAAAAAACAAAGAGAAGAAGCCAAGAAAGCUGCUGAGAAAUCUGGCAAAGACGACAACCAAAUCGCUCAACAUCUUUACGAUGAACUACCUGAGACAAGUUUCACGCGAAGCAUAUCGAAUCCAGAAGCCGUUAUGCGACGCCGAAGACAGCAGAAGUUAGAAAAAAGAUUGAAAGACUUCCAGAGCAAAGACAGCCCCGCAGGAGGGACGCUAAAGAUUUUUGCGAACACUCUGAAACCAGAGAUCCCUUAUAAAACAUUAUUAGUAUCAGUGGAUGAUACGACAACACAUGUGAUUAAGGAGGCUCUGAUAAAAUACCAGAUGGAGAAAGAAGAUCCAGAAGAGUAUUGUCUAGUGAUGGUUAAUAUUCCCGCAGAAGGGACAAACACUAGCGCAACUCUAGGGAAAGAAAGAGUCGUACAUGAUGAUGAUUGCCCACUGAAAAUAGCAGUCACAUGGCCUUCUAAUAGAGGGACUGUUGUUUUUCAUCUACGAAGACGUGCGAACUUGCCUCAGCACAGGCGAGACAAGAGGAGGUCAAAGUCUCCGGUGAGAAAGCCCAUGGAUUUAUCCCCUGAUAAAACUGUUGCCGAGAGACUGGCAAACGCUGCUUAUCCAGAUCAUCUUCUUCCAUACCUACUUGAGCUGUCAUCGGAUGGUAACGAUUUAGAUUACAAACCACGAAUGCAUCGCCUUCAAAUGAUUGCAACGGAAGUAGGCAGCGAGAAGACGUUCGCUUCUGGAGGCAAUUAUCUACAUUUAUAUGCUCCUCACAUCCUGCCCCGGCAUUGUGUCAUCACUAACAUGGACGGGCGAGUGUCAGUGACUCCAAGCAGUGGCGACGCAGAGGUUUUAGUCAAUGGAAAGAGGAUCUAUGAGACGACGCAGCUACAACAUGGAGAUGUUGUKAAGAUAGGACGAUCGCACACGUUCAGGUUCUGUGAUCCUGCGUAUGAACCACAAAGGCACAGCGCGCCGGUCUAUGGCGACAAUGGGAGUAUUAGCAGUAAUAGUGAUAUAGAUGUGCAGAGGAAACCGAGGCCACAGUCGCUAGGUUCUGCUCUACCAAGUCAMCAUAGCAACAGUUACCAUAACAACCACAUCAAUGACAAUGUUGAUGUAGACACGGACGAGCAUCCAGAGGGAAUGUUUGAGACCACGUUUGAUGUGAGCGGAGAAGUGUUGACGUACACUGGGGGACAGAGGGAGACCGAGCCUUACACAUACAGUAAACCACCCGAUUCCCCCAUCAAGAGAUCCUUCAGUAACGAAGACAUAUACGACGACAAGCUUCCUGCAACGUUGGAAUUCCGCGAGAACGGAGAGGACGCUUUCUUUGCUGCCGUCAUCAGCGAAGUGAACGGUCUCGCUGUUCAUUUCAAGCUGGCACCGACCUACACUCUUUACAUGUGUUCACGGUACCGUCUGUCGCCUCAUUACAGAUCUGACCUGAUGGAGCAUCAGCGAGGUGAACGUCUUGGAGUUACGAUACUCAAGAUUGCCAACAUGGCCCGUUCUACUAUCAGGGAAAAUGCAGAUAUGCCAGGAAGCCUUGCAUUCUGGAUGGCCAACUGUUCUGAAUUCCUUCACUUCAUMAAACAAGACGUAGACAUCUCACCGUACACUAAGGACGGUCAACAAGUCUUGGCUCARUCAGUKCAGUURGCCUUYCGCCACCUUGUUCUCUGUGUCCAACACGAGCUACGAACCAGCAUGUCUGCAUUCCUGGACCCGACAGACGAAGCAGAUAUGGAAGAAAGUGACCUGGACUCGAUGAAUGACAGCGAUAACGAUCACGUUGGAAUGCCGGCUGAUGGAAGGAGCUUCCGCGUGCAGAACAAAUAUGGCCAAGAUGGAAGACCUUUGUCUGGAGCAGAUAGCUGGUUUGGAGGACGUCGAGUCCUCGCCCGAGCCACCGUAUCAGAGGUCAUCUACAACCUCACCUCAACCAUGUCCCUUCUUCGUCGCUGUCGAGUCAACGCAGCCCUAACAAUCCAAGUCUUCUCGCAGCUCUUCCAUUUUAUCAACAUGUGGCUUUUCAACAAGCUCGUUUUAGAGCCCAAGCUUGAUCUCUGUACACGAGAAUGGGGCAGGCGCAUUAGCAAAAGACUCGCCCGUGUAGAAAAAUGGGCCGAGAAGCAAGGACUGGAGUUGGCUGCGGACUGUCAUCUCUGUCGAAUUGCACAGGCUGCUCAUCUUCUUCAAGCACCAAAGAACUCGUCAGCUGACAUCAAUGCCAUCUCUUCGUCGUGUUUCAAGCUCAACUCUCUUCAGAUAAAAACCCUUCUGGAAAACUACAGACCAGCUCCUGAUGAGUACUUGUCACAGGACCACAUUGAACUCUUAGUCGCCACAGCAGAAGAAAAAGCUGACGAAGUUGCCCGUAGCAACGGUCAAGAAAUCCAGCGAGAAGAGGAGACGGAACUCCAGCUCCCAUUCCUUCUCCCGGAAGAUGGUUAUUCGUGUGAUGUUAUACGGGGUGUCCCGCCAGGACUUCRGGGCUUCCUCGAGCCGCUUGCAAAUACAGGUCUUUGUAGGCUGACAAUACAACCUGAGACCUCUGGGCUGUGGACUGUCUAUCAGAGGAAACAUAUGGAAUCAAGUGUGGAUGUGCCUGCAACCAUUACACCUGAUAUCCAAGAAGUCUCGUUCAACAAAGGCCGUGGUGGUAUGGGACUGAGCAUUGUUGCAGCAAAGGGCAUUCGUCAAGACAAGCUCGGUAUAUACAUUAAACAAGUUGUCAAGGAUGGUCCUGCUUCAAAGGAUGGCAGACUGCAAGCUGGAGAUCAGAUCUUGUCAGUUAAUGGAGAAAGUCUUGUGGGAGUCACACAAGAAAGGGCUGCAGAGGUCAUGGUGAAAUCUGGAUCCAUCGUCACCCUGAAGAUUGUAAAGCAGGGUGCGAUAUAUCAUGGACUUGCAACCAUGCUYAUCCAACAGUCACCAAAUAGAGAAACGGCACCCGCACCGAGGAAACUAACCCCUGUUGAACCUGAACCAGAGCCAAUGCAGCUAUCGCCAACAUUACCAGAAAAUGACAUUCGUUCUUCGGGGCGAUGGCUGUCCGAUUCCUAUGCAAAUGAGUCGGCUCGUCAGCUGGAAGACGAAGAGAGCAUGCGCGAUGAAAGCUGGAGGCAGAAAGAAGAGGAAAGUAGACGCGGUAAAGAAGAACAAGAAAGGAUGUUUGAAGAAAGAAGGAGACGAGAGGAUGAGGAAAGAAUGAGACGAGAAAAUGAAGAAAGAAUGAGACGAGAAGCUGAAGAAGACAGAAUCAGACAAGAGGAGGAGGACAGAAUCCGGGAAGAGGAAGAAGAAAGAAUGCGAUCGGAGGAAGAAGAGAGAAUCAGGCGAGAAGAGGAAGACCGACUCUAYGAGGAAAGACUUAAAAAAGAAGAAGAAGAAAAGCGAUUGUAUGAAGAAAGACGAAGAAAAGAGGAGGAAGACAAACGGGYUCUACGAAUACGCCAAGAAAAGCAGGAAGAAGAAAGAAGAAGAAGAGAAGAAGAAGAAGAUGAGAAGUUCCGUGUUCAGGAGGAAUGGAUACGCAAACGUAUGGAGGAAGAAAGAAGAAUCAUUGAGGAAGAGAGGCGGAAGCUUGCAGAAGAAAGACGACUCCUGGAAGAGGAAAGAAAGAAGGAAGAUGAAAGAAAACGAACUGAAAAACAAAGACUCGUUGAGGAGGAACGAAGGCUAGCUGAAGAGAAACAAAUGAUCGAAGAAGAACGCAAAAGAGUUUUAAGUCAGAAAAAAGCUGAGGAMGAAACUCGACGACUCCAAGAAGAACAAAGGGCUUUAAUGGCGCAACGAAGACUCGUUGAAGAAGAACGAGAAAUGGCGGAACAACGAAGACACGAAGAAAUGGAAGAACRACGUAGACAYGAAGAGAUGGAAGAACUGCGAAGGCGCGAAGAGAURAGAAAACGAGAAGAGUACCGACGAAUGGAGGACCAACGACGKCUCGCCGAAGAACGAAGACGUUCCGAAGAAGAAGAAAGACUCCGACCAAUGGAAAACAAACAGCGAACGCGUAAAAUUCGUUUUGAAGAUGAAGUAAUAGCUGCUGAAAAUGCCCCCAAGGUUGAAACGGUACAACAAAGUCGAUCUUCCCCGCAACCAAUCGAAACUAAACCCGAGAAAGAAAUAUUCAAGCCUAAACUGAAGGCAACCGUCGAGGCAGAAAAGCCAGAGAUUACUCCUAUUAGUAAAAAACCAAARGAUGAAUACUAUGAGGAGGAACCCGUCGUUAUACGUGGCAAGCUAAGUGAAGAAGAUAUGUCUACUAUGGAUGCCGCAUUUGAAAGACUCGAUGAAGAAAGUAAAGAUGUAAGACCAAGCUCGUUGAACAUUCCUCGGCCGGGGAACAAACAGCCAAUCGCUGAAGAACCUCCGACGAGCCCUAUCAGAGUUCACAGCCGCGAUACUCGAUAUGGUCGAGCCAUCGUUAUCAAGCAGGGAAUGCUACCAACUGCACGCCCAACUUCGUCACAAAAUAAAACGAACUUUGACUAUGAAAGUGUUGCUCAGAAUUUAAAGUCAAUCGAUCAAAAUAGAAGACAAAAGCAAGAUGUUAACAAUGAGGAUGAAUUCGARCGCUGGCAGAAAAGACAACGAGAAGUCGCCGAGCAGCGAGAACGUGAAGCGGAAGAAAGGAAUCGAUUAGGCAGAGAGCAAGAAGAAACAAGGCAACGUGAACAACGCGAUCGUGAGCAGCGAGAAAGAGAACAACGUGAACGCGAACAACGUGAACGCGAACAACGUGAACGCGAACAACGGGAACGCGAACAACGGGAACGUGAACAACGUGAACUCGAGCAACGUGAACGCGAACAACGGGAACGUGAAAAACGUGAAGGCGAGCAACGUGAACGCGAGGAACUCGAACGUCAGCGUCUUGAAAGAGAACGACUGGAGCGAGAAAGAAAAGAAUAUCUCGAGCAACAAAGAAAAGAACAAGAAGAAAGAGAAAAAUCUGAAUUAGAGAAGAARCGAUCUGUGGAAGAGAACAAGAAACAAGAAGAAGCCAAGGAAAAAAAACGCGUCAUUGAGAUAGAACGUAAAAUGCUUUCUUCCACCAGCAAGGGAAGCAAAGAAACUCUGGAUUACAUAGAAGCAAUGAAUGAAGAAGAAGUUGAGCGUGAAUUCCAACGUCGCCUCGAAGCGGAUAGAAAGCGACGAAGUCUUGACAGGACUCACGAGGACAGAAGAGCAGGGGGGUUGGUGUCGGUGACUCGUGUUACUUAUCAUCCAGAGCGCGAUGAUCAAAGCGAAAGAGAUCGAAAACUACAGAUGAUUAUCCAAGAAAGAAAGGAACUAGAACGAGARAGGAAGGAAUCUGAUAGGCGCGUUGUUUUCGAAGGAGAAAGAGAAAAACAAAAAGAGAUGCAAAGGCGACAGCAAGARGAGAACGAACGUCAACAAGAGGAUUGGUUAAGACAGCAGAGAGAGAAGCAUGAGCAGGCGCGUCGUGAACAAGGRCGUCUUCGAAUGGAUAGAAAAUCCCAGGAAGACGAGGACAUCAUGAAAAAGCGAAGUGAGCUUCAGCAAAAGAGAGAACAAGAGGAUGUAGUUCGAAUGAACAUCCAACGAAUACGAGAAGAAGCAGAACGAAAGAUGGAGGAGGAACACAAGCAACAAAGGUUGGAACAGGAGCGCGAGUUGCAGAGAAAAYUGGAGGAACAGAAAAUAUUGAUCGAGAAAGAAGGCGAAGCUCGCARGCAGCUGCAGGAAGAACAAAGAAUGAGGUCUGCGCGCGGGAGUACAGGGGAACCUGACCACGUUAUUGAGCUAAAGGAAAGAGCYCUUAAAGACUACGARCGACGACGAAUGCUUAUCGAUCAAGAAAUUAACCGACAGCGUGYCGAAGGGCGGUAUCAGGAACAGCUUCGUCAGACGGCGAUGGAAGAAGUCAAGACGAAGUUCGAUCAGCAACCCAAGCCUGUGUCUGUAUUAAAGACAUCCAAUGGGACCAAACCUAAAAAACAGGUGUCAUUCUCGAACUUGUCUACCGAGUUUCACGAGCCAGCUUCUCCUACUUACGUCGUGGAGUCUCCGUCUGGCUAUACUGCUAAGAUUACRCCAGCUGCUAGUGUACGGCUYGUUCAGACUCGACCUCCAGCAGAUUUGGAUUCUCCACCAAUCCCGCGCCCUCCACCUCCAGAUGACGAUGAUUACGAUGACUACGAUCCCCCGCCACUUCCUCCUCCACCACCCCCUGAGGAACUCCUUGACGAUGACCAGUUUCCACCCCCACCAAGAACAUURUUCAAUGACAGAUCGUCCAGUUCUUCAAGCAUGAGCUCCAGCGAYCCAAGAUCUCCGGUAGAUCACAACUCACGUGACUACAGCGACGUCUUUCCGGCAGAUUAUCCAUAUCCUCCMAACAGCCAUCAGUUYAAAAACACUGUAUCCAGUUACGGGACAUACCCACGUGCGGCACGGCCCGUGUCCUAUCCCACGCCAGCCGACCUAGAUAAUUUACAAUUCAAUGACUCUGUUAGAUACGGUGGCUCCAAUAAUAAUAUCAGUGGGUUUAAUUCAUCMAGCGGUAUCCGUGAAACUCAGUCGCUUGGUAGAAUAACUAGUACCGAUUCCUCCGCGUUCGAGGCUAACCGAGUUCGAAUGGAACGAAUAUCUUURACGGACGAUACAAGGAAGGAACCUCCACCCGUUGCUAAGAAACCAGAGAAAUUAGGAUUUAAGGAAAAAAUGAAAAUGUUUAACGAUGAUGGAACGCCGAARAGUCGAGUUACAGUUUCUAGAUGGGAACGACAACAAAUGGACGUGAAUGGUGAUGUCAGUUAUACUUAACGAAAUUGGUGUUCCUCAAGGCUCGUCGCCCGGACCCAAUAGAACAGAGCAAAACGGUCAAAGCUGAUAUCGUUUAAAGUUAUUUUGGAGAAGUGGUGUUCCUCAAGGCUCAGUGCUGGGUCCCAUUUCAAAACAGGAAAUUUUAACGUAAAUAAGCCCGAGUUUCCAUCUAAGGGCUUCAUGCAUCACGUCUUUCAUGAAAGYUGUGUCUUAUCAUUUUUAAUAUCAACAAAGGUCUUGCUUGAAUAUCUAGUCUAAGCUAAAAGAAUUGUCAUUCAAUUCAUACAAAACAAUUAUUUUUCUUGCGUAUUAUAUCCCGAAGAUUAUGUCUUCAGUCUAGUUAUGUGAUAAUUCACAAUAACCUUCAGCAUUUGUGAAAAAUGGCUUUCAAAGUAACGACCAUUAGAGCGAGGAAAGCUGGUCUUAAAUUAAACACCGUGGGCUUAAGUAUAUCCUUUGCAUCAUAAUUAUUAUCCAGUAUACAAAAUUAUCUUAACAAAAAGAAACAUUCCACAAAUGGCUUCAAAAAGUGGAUCAAAUAGUAACAUUCGCUUCGAAAAAAUAGGUUUUAUCAUUUUAGAUUUGUAUCGACAAAUACGUAUACAAUUUAUAUUGCAUUUCAAAUUUGAUUUUUUUUUAAUCCGAUUAAAUUUCACUGAAAGCUUCCAUCAGUUUUUGACUCUGAAAUAUUCAAUUUCUAUUAAUACUCUAGUUUUAUUUCAAUAAAAUAGUUAUCAGAUUUGGCUUAUACUCUGGGUAGGGUUCCAGAGCCCUCUCGGUCGUGAGUUAUUGCGAAUGAGCACUGGAGCGAGAGAGCCRCAGGAACCCCACCCACGGUAGUUUUGGCUUUAAAUAUCGGUUUUGUUAGGGAAUAGGAUUUGUAAGCUUAAUAUUAAUGUAAAUAGUUUGUGCAAAGACAUGGAAUAUUUGUAAGAACACUGUACAGACAGCCAAUAACACUGUAGUUUGAAUAAAAUACGUUUCCUUAAA